UUUACUAUCAAUGUAAAUUCGAAGAGCAACAAAAAAAACCUAAGAAGUUUAAAGAGGCAAUUUCUAAGGACGACGACAAAGACGACCUAUCUUCUGAUGAUGACGACAACGAUGAGCCACCCUCUGACAAUGACAGCAAAACUGACCUGUCCUCUGAUGAUGACGACAAAACUGACCUUUCUUCUGAUGAUGACGCCAAAACUGACCUAUCCUCUGAUGAGAAGCCGGUGAAAGAAAAAGUCAAAAAACCUAAAGGCCAAAUGAGCACUGAAGAGCUGAACAANGAAAAAGUCAAAAAACCUAAAGGCCAAAUGAGCACCGAGGAGCUGAACAACUUUUAUUUGUCUGACGUCAACUAUGUCUGGACAGAACUUCUUAUGACAGUCAAAAAACAGUUUCACAGUUGUUCACAGAGAAUCCAAGGCGAAACGAUAAGUCUAAUGGAAGGUUGUGCUGUUGCCACCGAGUUGAGCAACUUUUGCAACAAUACGCAGA